AUGGCAGAAUUAGCAGCAUUGCUUCAAACCGACAUACCGGAAGGGCGAAAUCACCUUACCGACAGUCAUACUAACCUUGAAAGAGUUGCAGAAUAUUGUGAAGCAAAUUACUUUCAGUCUGAAAACAAGAGGUUGGCUUUAGAAAGUACUAAAAACUACACGACACAGUCGCUGGCGAGUGUAGCUUACCAGAUAAAUACACUCGCAUAUAACUUCCUGCAGCUAUUGGAACUGCAGACUAUGCAAUUGGCAGAAAUGGAAGGUCAAAUGAACCAUAUUGCUCAAACAGUAGCUAUCCACAAGGAGAAAGUUGCUAGGAGAGAAAUAGGGGUCCUGACAGCUAACAAGGUCACGAAUCGGCAGUAUAAAAUAAUUGCACCGGCUAAUCCAGAGAAGCCUAUUAAAUAUGUUAGAAAGAAUAUCGAUUAUACAGCUCUUGAUGAUAUUGGUCACGGAGCUCGUUGGAGCAGUGGUAAUACUGGAACACCACGUGGCCGUCGGUCAGGAUCAGCCCCAGGGGCUGCCCCACUGCCGGCCCCUACUACCAAACCACCAACACCUCCAGCGGUGGUGCGAUCAGCUUCUUCAGCUAACACCGGCACACUGGGGAGAGGCACACUCGGCAAAUCAUCACGCGAGUACCGCACGCCUCCGGCCGUGGCUCCCCCGCAGGUGCCCUCGCACUACGCCCCCAACUAUCCUCGCCGCCCGCCCGGCUACUCCACGCUGCCCGUCACACAGCCACAGGUUGGAAUGGUACACCCUAAUCAACACCAGUCUCCAUCAAACUAUCCUCAACAAGACCUUCAUUCUAGUAUGCCACCACCUCCAUCUCCAUUGAUUGGAUCAGAUGGAGAACACAGCCAGCAUUCAAUGAGUCUCCCUGGACAUCGCGCGUCGUCGUCGUCGGCGUCGGGCGGCGGCUCGGCGCGCGGCGGCUCGGUGUCGCCGCCGCUGCCGCCGCCGCCGCUGGACGACGAGCUCGCCGCCGACGCGUUCGGCCGCCCGCUCCACUUGCAGAACAAAAUGAGCAAUCAAUACACUAAUGCAGUACCGGCUAUAGUGCCCGAUGAAGAGGAUUUACCUGGUUGGGUGCCAAAGAAUUACAUCGAAAAAGUUGUGGCUAUCUACGACUACUACGCGGACAAGGAGGACGAGCUCUCGUUCCAGGAGAGCGCCGUCAUCUACGUGCUGAAAAAGAACGACGACGGCUGGUGGGAGGGCGUCAUGGAUGGCGUCACCGGCCUCUUCCCCGGGAACUACGUUGAGCCAUGCGUCUAGACUGCAAACGCGCGCACACACACAGACACAGACACACAGAGAGACAGGCGUAAUUACACGUACGGUCAACCGUAUAUUACAGACGCACACACACGUUCGAUCAAUGCGUAUAUUGUUUAUACAUAUAUAUUUGCGCGCUAAUACGUAGACUACAUACGUUCACCUGCGCAUACAAUAUAUGUACAUAUAUUCCGUU